CGCUCCCCUCCUCCCAUGGCCUCCGCCUCCCCCUCCCCGCCCGCCGCUUCCCCCUCCGACCCAAACCCUAACCCUAGCCCCGGCGCAGAUCCCCGAUCUGAUCCUUCCCCCAUGCCCGACGCCGCCGGCGGUGCCUCUCCCGCCUCCCCGGAGAAGCGGGAGGAGGAGGAGGAGGAGGCGGAGGCGCCGCCGGGGAAGGCGGGGAAGCGGGCGGCCCCGCCGGCGGAGGAGGAGCAGCAGCCGACCCCGCGGAAGACGCGCCUCCCGCGCGCGUGCAACAACAAGCCCAAGCCCCCGCCGCCGCCGCCGCCCGAGCGGCCGCGCCGGCGCGCGGCGGCGGCGGCGGCGGCGGGCGCGGACGACACGCCGCAAUGCCGCGUGGUUACGCCGCUCGUGUUGGAGCCCGUGGCGCCCGCGGAGCUGCCCCGCUGGCGGCUCCGCUGCAUGUGGGAGCUCGGCUCCGUCCUCAACUUCCUCCACGUGUUCCGGCCUCUGCUCAACAUCACUGCGGAGUUCACGGCCGAGGACCUCGAGGCGGCGCUUAUCACGCCCAACGAGACCCUAGACGAUGUGCACAUGCCGCUGCUAAAGUCGAUUCCUCCGGUAACUCGCAUGGCCAUGGGGCGUGGAACCUGGGUGACCGUCCUGUGUAGAAAGCUGAAGGAUUGGUGGCAUUGGGUUGCAGAAGGUGAUCUUCCAAUAGUUGCAUCCCAUGGAACUGAAAUUGAAACGUACAAGACACUAGAGCCGGCGACUCGUUUAGUGAUUUUGAAAGCUAUAUGUGAUAUUCGUGUUGAGCAAGAUGAUAUUCGGAAUUUCAUCGACAGUUCCCUCAAGCAAGGCCAUGACCUAUCUACCUUCCGUAAAGAACGGAUUGGUGGAGAUUCCCUUGGAAUCUCAUACUGGUAUGAAGAUGAUGAGAUUCUCGGACAUAGAUUGUAUCGUGAGAUUAGACGGGUGGAACAGGUCAAGAAGGAGCCAGGAAAGAGAUCCAGGGGAAAAGGAGGAUCUUCAGCUAUUUCAGUUGUGUCCUAUCAGUGGGAAACUGUCGCGUCAAACUUUGAUGAGUUUGAUGAUGUUGCAGAAAAACUCUUUUCAAGCCGGAACAGGACAGAGGUUUCCCUUGGAAAGAAGCUGAAGAUCGAAUAUCUUCCAGAGAUAGAAAAGAUCCAUAAAAAGAAAGAGAGGUUGCUCAAAAAGCAACAAAGAGAAGCCCUCCUCCUUGAUAGCUACUUGACAUCAGAUGGUCUUACGACUGGUCGCUCUCUCCGUGAUAGAAAGCCUGUGACUUACACAUUUGAUGAUUUUGAUCGCUCAAUAAAUGAAGCCAUCAAAAUUACAAAGAAAAGAGAGGAGAACUCAGCUGAGCCUGUCACUACUACUACUACCACCAAUAGAAGGGUGCUUCCUCUGAGAUCAGAGGCACCAAGCAAUGGAAAGUUAAAUGGUCCCUCACCAACAGCCAACGAUUCAUUUGACGGGAAUUCUUCGAAGUCGGAUGACUACCGAGACAGUGAUGGUGAACAAGAAAAUGAGGCACUUGAUCGCAGCAACCGCCGGAGGAAAAGAUCUCAGAGGUACACACAAGAUUUUGUUGAAGCUGUCUCGGAUAUUGAUCCAAAUUUUGACAGCGAUGAUGAUAUCAUGGGAGAGGCAGUGUAUGAUGAGGAAUACCUGAGAAGUCGUAAACAGCAGAAGGCAUCGAGUGCUUCUGAAGAGGAUGAAGAGUUCCGGUUGGAAGAAGAUGCUGAAGAUGAUGAUGAAGAAGAAGAGGAAUAUUCGUUGAGUACCAGUGAAGAUAUUGAGCCACAACAGCAUAAAAAAUUGGAAACACGUGGCCGGCGAGGUUCCAAGUUGAGAUCUGUUGAUGAAAUCCAGAGCGGUCUCAGACGCAGCAAGCGCUCUUCACGUCCUCGUAUUAACUAUCGGCAAUAUGAUUUUUCAGACUCGGAUACAGAGCCAGGAAAGGCAAGGAAAUCUGAUGCAUCAGAUCCUGAUGCUGGCUCUGAUGCAGAGAAUGAUAUGGAACUCUCGACGUCAAGUCAAGAGCAAGAGGAGGAAGAAGAGGAUGAUAGUCCUGAUGAGCAAAACGGUAAUAAUGUGAAUGAUAAAAUGGAGGAGGACCAUGCUGUAGCAGAAAAUAAAGUAGAACCAGAUGAGCAGCAGGAGCAGCAACAGCAGCAGCCUGUAGAGAAGAUGGACCAUGCUCCCAGCAGGGAAAGUGAAAGUGUAGGGAGAACAUUCCUAGAUCUAAAUCAGCUUGCACCUGGAGGUGGCUUUGAUGAUGGGCCAAGCCUGACAGUGAAAGAUGACAUGGAUAACAGUUAGGACAUAAGUUUUUUGAUACAUUUGAAUGCUGGUGGCUGGUAUUCCGACUUCCGAGUAUGGACAGAUCAAUGGGCUUGUAAUGAAUGGUGCGAGAAUAUAUUGGUGGUUUGAGCUGAUAGCUUCAUUGAUUUGCAGUAACAGGAGAGGCGAGGUUCCACUGGAAGUGGGUUUGAGCUUCUUCAAAUGUUAUCCGAGUGCUAUUUCAUACUUGGAAGCCAUGAGGAAGUUUUGCUUUUGGUUAUGUACACUACAUGAAGGGCGCGCAUCAAUGGACCGCUGCUGUAUUAUGGCCAGACUAAUUGAUGCUGCAUUGCGGCCAGUUCUGUAGGCUAUAACUUUAUUGCCUCCGUUUAUUUAGUUUUAGGCGCGUGAUGCCAAUGAGAAUAUGGAGGAAAUCUGUACACUGAGUGCAGUCCAUCGGCAUUUGUGAAACUUUUUCCACAUGUAGAUUGUAGCUUUAAGGUUGAACAGGAUUAGUUCUGUAUCUAUAUCUGACAACCUGAUUUGUUUGGUCACCUGUGUAGCUGACUUUGAACUGCCCCUCUCAGAUGCAUCGGCUCUUCUCAUUCGCCCUAGAUGGAGAAGGCACUGCAUGUAUUAAGCUGAUGUUGCCUUUGGAUGCAUCCAUUGCAUUGUAUCGCUGGUCUGGACAAUGCUAUAUGGCCACUAAAUUUUGGGGAUGUUCUUUUGUGCAGUCUCUUAUGAAGGCAAGAGCAAAAUUAUGCAACAUAGAGUUUCAUUCAGUACCACAACCAA